CUCGUCAACACAAGUCGCUCUCGCAGCGUCAUCUUUGUACCACAACGUCGCCGCUCAACUCGGCGCAUACCAGUCUUCCCCAGCUCGCAACAGCUGCUGCCAUCGCACUCGCCGACACCGGCCAGCGCAGAUCAACAACACUCAGGCUCUCUCUCCCACCCCUUUGAGCCCUCCGCGACACCUUGAUCCACGGCUUCGAGCCGCCUUUUCCGCAUCGCCGCGUGUGUGCUUCACCGCCAUCGCAGCGCCGCGGCCAGGAGACCACCCUGCACCCAGCGAGCGCCUCGAGCACCCUCCCGCGCUCCCGCUACACCUGCCCUUCACCUUGACACCAGCUAUACACCAUGGCGGCGCGAGGCUCGUCGCCCGCCGGCACGGCGAGGGGACCAGGACCAGUUCGCCCCGAUGACAAGCCCACGCGCCAGAGCUUCAGUUGCGCAGAGUGCAAGCGCUUAAAGCUCAAGUGCUCGCGCUCGUGGCCGUGUACGUCGUGUGAGAAACGCGGCUGCGCGCAGAUUUGCCCCAACGGUCAGAUGAAGUCAACAACUGGCAAGAGGUUGAUUCUCGCCAACACUGAGGAGCUGCACCAGCGCAUCUCGUUGCUCGAGGUUGCGCUCGCAAGAGCUCACGCCAAGACCUCAAACGACCCUCACCCCCUCCUGUCACAGACCUACCUGUUCACCACGCCGCAGGUGACAACGGGCAGAAUGAAGCCUGACCCGGACACCGACGACGUCACGGACGGGGCGUUUGGUACUCUGACGAUCAAUCCAGAGGGCGAGGCGCACUUCAUUGGCUCGUUUGCGGGAAGCCAGUACCUCCGCGACGAAGAUGACACCAACUCGUCUCCCAGCACUCCAAGCGACUUCCAUGCCAUUGUUAGCGCCGAAGCGCCAGCACCAGACGGGACUGAGCAGCCUCGUACCCGCCGCCCAGCCUAUGCAGACGGCGCGCUCGCUCUCCACGACUCGUUCCUACCCGGCGGUAUCAACGGGUCCGACGUCGACACGCUCCGCGACCAGCUCCCAGACUGGGAUGAGGAGGGCCGAGACCUCAUGGAAAGCUACUGGGAGCAUGUCAACUGGAUGUACGAGCCCGUCCCGCGCACGUCGUUCGAGAACGACCACUGGUUCCACGCGUACGAACGGUCGUACAAGCCGCACCCGCACAAGCUCGCUUGCGUCUUCCUCAUGAUGGCAGUCGGCUCCAUGAUGGACCUCAAGCGCCAGCCAUGGCACCCUCGGAGUGAGCGUCUGUUCCUUCUCGGUCGCGCGUGUCUUGGCCUCGUUGGGCUGGAGAAUGCCAGUCCCGCGACAGUCCAGGCCCUCCACCUCAUGGGAACGUACAUCUUAAACGACAGACUUGGCAACGGCGCCGAGGUCUUCUGGCCUAUCCUUGGCAGUGCUCUCAAGGUCACGCAGAGUCUCGGACUGCACAGGGACGGAACACACUUUGGCCUCUCCCCCUACGAGGUGGACGAGCGUCGACAGGUCUACUGGGAGAUUGUCACCUACGACCGUCUUCAGGCCAUGUGUUUUGGCAGGCCAGGGGUCAUUACGAGCCGCACGAGCGACACCAAGUUCCCCGAGGAGGGAGCCGGCUUCAAGGAUGACGACGGAUUCCACCGUUCAAAGUAUCGACUGAUGGUGUUGAUGGAGAAGGCCAUUGACAUUCAAACACAAACGACUCCAGUCUCAUACAGCAGUGUGUGCAAGUUGGACGCCCAGCUGGUGGAAUUCCGCAAAUCGUUGCCCGAGCUUCUGCUUCCGUCGGUAUCGAUUCUUGAUCUUCCUUUUGAUCGGGCCAUUGGCUCUCACCUUGUGCUGCACCGACUCGGAAUUCGGCUCAUGGUGGCUCAGACUCGCCUCCUGCUUAAUCGACCCUUCUUCGCACGAGCCCUCAAGGAUCGACCCGAUAACCCUGCUCGAUCAAAGUAUGGCGACUCGUUUGUCGCCUUGUAUGAAAGCGCCGAGGAUGUCGUCAACAUUGUCAAGCAGCUCGUCAUCUCCCACCCGUCGCUGAUUGCGAGAUGGUGGUUCUUCUGGUUCCAUGCCUUCUCUGCCGCCGUCUGUCUCUCGGCCGUGGCGAUCCGCGCCCCAACCAGUGCGUUUGCCACCCCGGCCUUCACCACCAUGUCCAUGUUGUGCGACAUUUGCGCCGCCGCCCGAGAUGGGUGCCGUGCCAAGAAUGGUCUUCCGCUUCUAUUGCGCCUCAGAGAGCGGGCUGCCGAGGCCUUCAACCCGGGCGUUCUAGCCAACGGAAACGGGCAGAAGGAACCCGUGGCGGAAACCGACGGCGACCUGGGUCACCUCAACCGGACUGCCAAGCUCGUACGUACGGGCUCGUUGUCUUCACCCAAGCGUGUGGGCUCGAACCAUUCGCAAUCACCAGGGCCGCAAUCGCCACCGACCAACGGGGUACACGCUGCUCAGUUUGACCUUUCGGUCGGCGGCGUCCAGGAUCAGCAAAUGCCCAACUUGCACACGCUUGCUUCGCAGAUCAACCCUCUGGGCAUGUCGAUUGACCCUGCCGAGUACGGAACACACAACUGGCUCACCGAGCUCGAGUGGCAGGGCAGCAUGCUGAGCGAGGAUCAACAGCGGGCCUAUCUGAAUUCUGUCGACAAUCCUUUGAAUGUGGACACGGACAUGACAAUGGCGCUGGGGCUUGGGCUGGGUGCUGCUGCCGAGUCUGACGAGUUUGGGUUUGACAUUGAGACGUUUGUCACACAGAUGGGUGAGCGCGGGUUUGGUGCGCCGUCGUAGUGUGUACAAUGAUUGGGAUAACUUUUGUGGCAUGCUCUGUAGUAGUAUUGUGGCCAAAUGUAAUUGUAUUAUUGUUA